GUUUAUUUCAAGCGACGCUCUGGCACUUUCGCGUAAGCUUCCUUCGGGUAUCAUCCUAUCAAAUUCAACCAAAUAAAUCAUUGUUGUUCAAUAAUUCGAAACGUGUUUAUCGUAAAUUUUUUUAAAAAAUCAAUUUUUAAAUUUCUAAAUAAACAAAUUUAUAAUAAUUAACUAUUAUUUAUUAUAAUUUAUUAAUUGACAUUUAAAAAAAAAAAAACAAUUUUUUUAAAAUAAUUGUGAAUAUUGUGCUGUGAGACUGUUUGAAAGAAAAAAAAAUGUGAAAAAUUAAUGGAUAAAUAAAAAAAAACACGUGGUUAAUGUGAUUAAAAUUUAAAAAAUAAUUUUUUUAAUUGGAAAAAAAAAUUACAGUGCGGUUUUAUUUGAAGACAAUUAAAACUAUUUUAUUAAUAAUUAAAAAAAAAAAUCAACUAAAAUUAUUUAAAACAAAACAGCUAAUUAUAAUCAUCAAUAUUUUAUUUUUUUUAAUCGAUAAACUAAUGUCGAGACUGAGUUGAAAUUUAAAAGACUGAAAUAAUAUUCAGGAUGAGGAUGAUGAUGAAAAUAAUCGAUAUUAUAAUCAUUGCUAUUUUAUACAGCAUUGUAAAUACCGAUGCUUUAAAAGUUGUGAAUCUAGAUGAAGUCAAUCCAGUUGUGAAUUUAUUGGAAGGAGACAGAUUGAUACUACGUUGUCAAUUGCCAAAUAAAAAAAAUGAUAACAGCACGACAUCCUGGUUCAAGGAUCAUUCAGUUAUUCGUGGUUCACCAUCUCGUAUUAAAGUCAUAAAACAAACAUUAAAACUUUCAUCAGUUAAUGUUAAAGACAGUGGUAAUUAUGCAUGUAAAAUACAAAAUUCUAAAAAAAUUGAAUGGAGAAAUGUCAGUGUUAUCAUUGAUGGACUACAAAAUGAUGAGCGUCAAAAUGAUCAAGCUGAAUAUGAAGGUAAUUUGAUCAGACUAAGACAAGAAGAUGAACCAAAUGAACUUCAUGUAAAUUCAAAAAAUUUACCAGAGACUCGAUCACUUCGUUUAGAUUCUGAUGUUGAUAAUGAAAAAUCUGAUAAUGAUAAAUCUGAUACAAGUGCUGGUGAUUUUAAUAAAACAGCACCAGAACAAUUACCAUCAUUUUCAAAACCAAAUGAUUUACAUAAUUCAGUUGUAAGACCAGCUGGUAAUAUGUUAAAACUUCGUUGCGGUGCAAAUGGUAAUCCAGUACCAAAUAUAACAUGGUUAAAAAAUGAUGAAGAACCAAAACGUACUGUUGGUUCAAUAACAAUUAAUAAAUGGCAACUUAGAAUUGAAGAUUUAAUUAUGACUGAUAGUGGAAGUUAUAAUUGUCGUGUUUGUAAUUAUCUUGGUUGCAUUGAUCACACGUUCAACGUUGAAGUCAUAGAAAGUGUUCAACAUCGUCCAAUACUGACACGACCACCAACAAACAAGACAGCACUUAUUGGAAGCGAUGUUAGUUUCAUCUGUGAGGUACUCUCUGAUACACAUCGUCAUCUUGAGUGGUAUCAUGGACUGCAUAACUCUUUCGACACCCUCAACAAGACAAAUUCAAGCAUGAGGGUCGAGGCUAAGGCUGGUGGUGAAGAUAAUCCAGAAGAGUUGACAUUACUAAAUGUCACUGAAAAAGAUGAAGGAUGGUACACUUGUAUUGCACAAAAUUCACUUGGUGAAACAUUUAGCAGUGCUUAUUUAUCUGUUGUUGAAACUCUUGAACCACCACGGGUACCAGUUAAAGCACGUCCACAAAUUCUCAUUUUAAAUAUACUUGCAGCAGUUUUGUUUGUAUUUUUUGCUGUUGGUGUUGUUGUUGUAAUAUAUAUAUUUCAUCGUUUAAAACGUGAAAAAAUGAAAAAAUUAUUAGCAAUUGAAACAGCACGUGCUGCUGUUGUAACACAAUGGACAAAAAAAGUAAUUGUUGAAAAACAAAAUUUAAUAAAUGCACAAAAUGUACAAGAAUUAUUAUUAAUGCCAAUAGUUAAAAUUGAAAAACAAAAAUCAACAGUUACAAAUGAAGAUAGUAAUGGUGGUUGUAUAUCUGAAUAUGAAUUACCAAUGGAUGGUGCAUGGGAAUUAUCACGUAAUCAUUUAAUGCUUGGUAAAUCAUUGGGUGAAGGUGCAUUUGGUAAAGUUGUUAUUGCUGAAACUAAAACUGGUAAACCUGGUAUACCAAAUAUUGUUGCUGUUAAAAUGCUUAAAGAAGGACAUACUGAUGCUGAAAUGAUGGAUUUAGUAUCAGAAAUGGAACUCAUGAAAAUGAUUGGUAAACAUGGAAAUAUUAUUAAUUUUGUUGGUGCUUGUACACAAGGUGGUCCACUUUAUGUUGUUGUUGAAUUUGCAUUACAUGGUAAUUUACGUGAUUUUUUGAGAAGACACAGACCAACAUCUGGAUAUGAACCAACAAUUGGUGAAGAACAAACAGAUAAAAAAAUAUUAACACAAAAAGAUUUAGUAUCAUUUGCAUAUCAAGUUGCUAGAGGAAUGGAAUAUUUAUCAAGUAGAAGAUGUAUUCAUCGUGAUUUAGCAGCAAGAAAUGUACUAGUUGGUGAUGAUUAUGUUCUUAAAAUUGCUGAUUUUGGUCUUGCAAGAGACAUUCAUUGUCAUGAUUAUUAUAGAAAAACAACUGAUGGUAGAUUGCCAGUUAAAUGGAUGGCACCAGAAGCAUUAUUUGAUCGUGUUUAUACAACACAAUCUGAUGUAUGGUCUUAUGGAAUUCUUUUGUGGGAAAUAAUGACACUUGGUGCAACUCCUUAUCCAUACAUAUCAGCUGUUGAGGAACUUUUACAAUGGUUAAAAACUGGUCGAAGAAUGGAGAAACCACCAUGCUGCUCUAUUGACAUAUAUAUGCUGAUGCGUGAUUGUUGGAGUUACAUGCCUGAAGAAAGACCAACAUUCACUGAGCUCGUUGAGUACCUGGACAAGAUACUAACGAUAACAGCCAACGAGGAAUACUUGGAUCUUGGAUUACCUCAACUUGACACACCACCAUCAAGUGCAGAAUCAAAUUUACAAGAUGACGAUGAUGAUGAUGAUGAUGAUGAUGAUGAAGAAGAUCAUGAUACAUUUCCGUAUCUGUUACAAAAUACUCAAAUGUGAAAUUUCAAAAACCAAUGCGAAUAGAUAAAACUGUGCCUUACAACUUUUUCCUUUUUUUUCUAUUAUUAUUUUUUAACGUGAAAUAAUUAACAGACAAGAAAUAAUUUAUAACAGUUUUAAGGUAUAUUGUGUUUAACACGUGGGUGAAUUAUUAUUAUUGACUGACGCUAUUAUAUUGACAAAUCAGUAUUUACACAGUUAGUGCAUCUGCAAGUAUAAGAUAGAUGAUCACCAUCAAAAGCAAUAAAUUGUGUGUGUGUGUCUCUUACUAUUAUGUAAAAAAUUAAAAUAAUUUUAAACAACAGCAAUAACAUGUGCCUUAUUAAGAGUGAAAAAAAAAUAAUAAUAAUUAAUUUUUCAAUAAUUUUAAUGUUACUUUUAUUUUUUUAAAUUGUAUAGAUAUUAUUUUUUUUUUGACAAUGGCACUUGUUGUAUUUGUAACUAGUCAAUUUAUACAUAAAACAAAAAAAAAAUCAUCUUAUUUUCAAUUUUGUACAUUUUAUUUUUAAAAAUUAACUCAAUUAAAAUUAUUUUGUAACUUUUUCUUUUUUUUUUUUCUUUUUAAUUUUAAGCAUAUGAUUUUUUUUCUUUUUUAUAAUUUAGAUUUUUAAUUUAUCAAAAGUGUUUAUAUGAAUUUAAUUAUUUAAAAAUAUUGUAAUUUUUUAAUGUUAGGUUUUAGAUAAUUUAUUUGUUGUAUUAUAUAUUGUUAAUUAUUUAGAAAUUAUUUUUUCUCAAUGCAAUAUGCGAUUAUUAUUUUUUUCUAUAUAUUUCAUUCAUUGUUAGAUUAUUUUUAUUCAUAAUGAAAUUAUUGUAGCAAUAAUUAUUGCAUUUGUGAAAAGUAUACAUAUAUAGAUUUUUUUUUUUAAAUAAUUUUUAUGUAGAAUGAAUAAUAAAAUUUGUAAAUAAUAAUUAUGUUUAAUUUAAGUACAAUAUGAAUUAAUGUUAUUUAAAUAAGUAUAUUUACCAUUCUGAAAAAUAAAAAUAAAAAUUUUUUAAACCUAU